AUGCGCAGGCGCAAAAAUGCAAACUCGGCGAGACGCGAAGGAAAGAUGCAGGAUCCACGGGAAGACCGACUGCACGAUGCAGCGGAGGAAGAAGAGCGACUUGUGAGAAACCGAGAUGAAAGAGCGCAACGGGCGUCCUCUCGCCUGGCUGACUCUCCAGGACAGUUCCCUGACGGAAAUGCUCACAAACGAGACGCGACGCAUGCGGCCUCUCCCUCUUCGCCAGCACGUUCUGGAAAGGAGACUGUCCAACGCGAAGCGGAGACACGCGCGAAUCGGCUGCCUGACCACGUCCUCAUGCCGCCUCCGCCUCGCCUACCCGCCCCGCUCUUGAAAAAACGAAAACUGGCGACGAAGGGAAAGACACCACAAGCCGAAGACGGCCAGCUGCCUUCUCCGGAUAAGAAGUGUCUCAGUCCUUCCCAGAAGGAUCUAGACAGAGCUUCUCUCUCUUCCUCGUCGUCUCUCUCUUCUUCCUCGUCGUCUCUCUCUUCUUCCUCGUCUUCUCUCUCUUCUUCCUCGUCUUCUCGCUUGCCAGAGAUUCCGAGAAAGCCUUCUCUGUCGCAAGGACGGGAGGCGUCUGAGGGCGGGGGAAGCAGCGAGAGGGAGGAGGGCGAGAAGUCGUCAGUGGAAGAUUUGUUUUCCUCUUUCAUGUCGGAAAUCGCGGCGCUGGAGAACCAGCACGCGGACCAGCCUGACGGGGGCGGCGAGGGAGGCACAGACGGCUCCACUUCUCCUGCUGAGGGUCGGAAAACCUCCCUCCUUCAGUCUCCUCCCGCUUCUCCCUCUUCUUCUCUCGUUUCUCCCUCUUCUUCUCUCGCUUCUCCCUCUUCUUCUCUCGCUUCUCCCUCUUCUUCUCUCGUUUCUCCCUCUUCUUCUCUCGCUUCUCCCUCUUCUUCUCUCGCUUCUCCCUCUUCUUCUCUCGCAUCUCCCUCUUCUUCUGUUUGGCAGCCACGGGUGGUUCCGAAGACGAAGAGGCCUUCCUGUUGGAAUGCAAAGACACAGGAGGCGUCGUGUACACGACCCAAACCUCCAGCUCUGGAGGCACCGAGCGCGCGAGGCGAGUGUGAGCCUGCGCGUCUUCUCGCCGAGUACGCGGAGGAGAGCGACUCUGAAGCGGCGUCUUUCCACUUGCCCCCGCCCGGACCAGGCGGAGGACAGGACGUGGUUUCUCUCUCCGCUCCGCGGGAAGUCGCAAAGACGCGCGGCUCGCCGCAGUCUGUCGACGAGGGCGCAGAGACGACGGCCCCUGUCAAGGCCGAGCCUGCUUCGAGCGCACCCGUCCUGCGAAUCAUUUCCAGGACAAAGCGGACAGUCGCGGACGACACCGGCGCGAAUGCGGGGCUCGAGGGGCGGGAGCAAAGCUGCAAAGGUGCGGAGACACCCGGAGCAGAGGGCGAAGAGAGCGUGUCGCGCUCGAGAGGGAGCGACGGAAAGUACCUGCCGACGCCGACGGAGAAACUCAAGACUCCCGAAGAGAAGAUCGCAGAAUUUCUAAACCAAAUCGCGUUCAUCGAGCGCGCAGUCGACGAACACGACGAACGCGAGAGACUUCGGCGCCGCAGGCUCCGGAGGCGAUGUACAUACACCGGAAGCGAGGAGGAGUUCUUCUCCGACGACGUUUCGGGCGCGUCUGGGACCGAAAGCGAAGACAGCGCCGAAGACGAGGCGGAGCGAGAGAAGCGGCGGGGGACAGACAGAGAGCGAGAAAACGCGGUAGACGAGGCACAGGAUGACUUGCUGGGAGAAAUUGUAGCGGCGGAACUCGAGGCAGAACGCAAACGUGGACGGGGACGCAGAGAGACAGAGAGCGACAAGGCACGGUGUGGGGGAAACGGAGACGGCCAGCCUGUCUCCUGCACGUGUCUUUGCGCCUUCUGCAAAUACUGCCACGAGAAGGAAGACGCGCGAGAGACAGAAACGAAAAAACGGACGAAACACGACGCCAAGCAGGUCGAGGCGCUUCUGUGGACGAUCGCGGCGGAGCUCCACAAGCUGACGUCGACCGCCGAGGCCGCGUGGCGGAAGCGCACAGAGACAACUCUCGAAACGCGGAGAUUCGACUGGCAAGCAGGAGCCUUGGACACCACGUACUUCCUCGCGAAGCUUCGAGCUCUCAGAGAAGAUCUCAAGGCGAAAGUCGAGCAGGAAGAGAGGCGCGAAAAGCUCCAGUCGAACAGUUCCGAGUUGGCUUCAGCGUUUCCUUACUCGCCCGCGGUUGCCCCGAUGAAGGAGGAGAAACCAAGUUCCUCCGUCUCGAGCUCUCAGCCUUCGCGCAGCUCGAGCUCCCCGGCGCCAGGCCCUAUCUCUGCUUUCUCCUGCAUCCGGAGUGUCUACGACCCUAAGCGAAGCGGUUUCUCCCCUGUCAGGCCUUCCGUCUCUUCUUCUACUCCUUCUGUCUCUUCUUCUGCUCCUUCUUCUGUCUCUUCUCUCUCUUCUCGGUCUGUGACGCACAUUUCACGGGGCUCGUCCAGCUACGCGGGAGACGGCGAAGUUCCGCUCCCGUCGUCGCCGCCUCCGCCGAUGCCUCCUGACGAAGACGAGUCAGAGAGCGAAGAGCGAGGCGAGAAAGAAGAGAAAGGAGAGAAAGGAGAAAGAGAAGAGAACGGAGAGAGAGAAGAGAAAGGAGAGAGGGAAGAGAGAGGCCGCGAGCGUGCGCCACGUGAGCGCGGGAACCACGAAGACCCUGCGCGUGCCGGGGAGCGACGAGCAGCGGAAGCUCUAUCAGGCGAAUCUGGAGGCGCGGAUGCAUGCGCUCGCGCUCCUAGAGGCGCGAAAGACGACCUGAAAGGCCAGGCGCCCGUCGCCGCUGAAACCGAGAGCGCCAGCGGUGUCGGUCGACCUCGCGGUCACGCUCAGACCGCCGAGAAGAAGGGGAGAGCGCAUGCAGCCUCUGUCGUGUCUCUCGCAUCGACGACGAAUCCGCUUUUGCGGAAAAAGAUGAAGCUCGUCGACAAGUGGAGGCGAACGCGAGAACGCGAAGACGAAGAAGACGAACGGCUCGAGAGGGAGAGAGAGCGACGGGAACUUGAGAGAGAACAGCGAGAACGGCAGAAGAUCGAGGAGUGGAAGGAGCGGCAAAUCGCAAGCGGCGGCGCAGCGCGAAAUGCGAAUUUGAUUGAAGUGACGCAGGACUGGCGAGCGAUGGUCGAGAAGAAUCGUCAGCAGCAGUUGUAA